AUGUCAGAUUCACGGUUCUCUUAUGCUUCAACAACUUUGUCUAGUUCAAGAAGAAGAGUGAAUAGGUGUUGGUGUGACCUUGAGUCACCAUUGAUGACUUCUUGGAGUUAUGCGAAUCCGGGAAUGAGGUUUUAUGGUUGUGGCAAUUUCAGGAUGAUGAGGAAAAAAGGAUGUAAUCAUUUUGAAUGGUUUGAUGAAGAAAUGAGCAAUUGUGCAAAGGAUGUGAUUAGAUCUUUGAAAGACAAGAAUGAUGAACUUGUGAAUUUAAUGAGUGACACAAGGAAAAAUGAUGAGCUUUCGAAGAUGGAGACAAAAAAUGAAGAGUCGUUGAAGAAGAUAAAAUUCAUGGGUUAUUUUCUGGGUUUGGUACUUGUGUUUGUAAUGUUAGUUGUCUUUGCACUAGUUGUAUUAAAGUGA